GGCCUCCCUUCUUGCCCGCCGGCACAGACCAGACCCAGACCAGCCCGGACCCAGCGCCGCCGCCACCACCAGGCCUCAACCCUCGGGUCAGAACCAGUCAGAGAGCAGAGCAGUGGAUGCAACUUAAUGUUGACUGAAUACAGUGGAUGGAGCACUUAAAAAAAGAUACUUCAAAUAAUUCACCUCAUGAAUUUUUCAAGAAUCUGCUGAUGCCAUUGAGAAGAAUAGUUUCUUUAGAAGAACCGAAUUGCAAAUUUUUGAUGGAAAUGGUAGAGUAGUUUGAGACCUUUUUUUGAUUAAGCAAGGCACUUUUGGUGAAUACUUUACUGGGUGAAUCUACUUUGGGGGGGGAAACCUCAUUUAUAAUUUGAGUUUUAUCACUUGUUGGGUACAUAAGCCAAAUUUUUUUGUGUUUUGCAAUAAUAACAAUGGACAAAAUGAGUGCUGAUGGAUAUCAAUAUAGAGCUCUAUAUGAAUACAAAAAAGAACGCGAAGAAGACAUUGAUUUGCAUAGUGGUGAUAUACUGAUUGUCACUAAAAGUGCUCUGUUAGCCUUGGGCUUUGGUGAGGGAGAUGAGGCGAGACCCGAGGACAUUGGCUGGCUCACCGGCAUAAAUGAAACCACCCAGGAAAGGGGAGAUUUUCCAGGAACAUAUGUAGAAUUUUAUGGUCGCAGGAAGAUUUCUCCGCCAACACCCAAGCCACGUCCUCCCAGGCCGUUGCCAGUGGCUCCAAAUCCAUUGAGACCAGAGGAUGCGGAUCAGCAAGGUCCAAUUAUACCAGAUUUAAUGGAGCAGUUCUCUCCCCCAAGUCUUGCUCCGGCAGUCCUUCUGAAGUUAGUGGAGGCCAUCGAAAGGGCGGGUCUUGAGAGUGCCAAUUUAUACCGGACUUCUGGUUCAUGUGGUGGUGCUGAAUUAAAGCAGUUGUUGGAUUAUGAUGCAGCUUCGGUGGACAUGGAACAGUUUGAUCUGCAGUCGCAGACUGAGGCAUUGAAACUAUAUCUUCAGGAAUUACCAAAUCCUGUCAUCCCUUCAUCGAUCCACAGUGAUAUGGUUUAUAUAGCUCAAGAGGUACUCAAUACAGAGGAGUGUGCACAGUUGCUGAGGAGAGCUAUCCGGUCCCAGAAUGUGCCUCAGCAGUAUUGGCUUACACUUCAUUAUUUGAUCAAGCAUUUCUGCAAACUUUGUCAAAACUCUGGAAAGAACAACCUGAGUGCAAGAACUUUAGCGGAAAUUUUCAGUCCUCUGCUUUUUAGACAACAGGCGCCAAGUUCGGAAACAAAUCCUGAAUAUCUCACAAAAAUUGUGGAAGUACUUAUAACUAGCGAAUGCCACGAAAGUCAGACUGCUCCUGCGCCAGCACCAGCUCUGCCUCCGAAACCACCAAAAGUAACACCUGUAACCAACAACGGAAUAAAUAGCACCAUGUCUCUACAAGAUGCUGAAUGGUACUGGGGAGACAUUUCCAGGGAGGAAGUCAAUGAAAAACUGCGCGAUACCGCUGACGGUACCUUCUUGGUCCGAGAUGCAUCUACGAAAAUGCAUGGUGACUACACUCUUACCUUGAGGAAAGGCGGCAACAAUAAAUUAAUCAAAAUUUUUCAUCGAGAUGGCAAAUAUGGUUUUUCUGACCCAUUGACUUUCAAUUCGGUGGUGGAGCUUAUAAAUCACUAUCGCCAUGAAUCUUUGGCACAAUACAACCCAAAGCUAGAUGUUAAACUGUUGUAUCCUGUGUCCAAGUUCCAACAGGAUCAGGUGGUAAAAGAGGAUAACAUUGAUGCAGUAGGCAAGAAACUCCAUGAGUAUCAUACUCAAUACCAAGAGAAAAGCAGGGAAUACGACCGACUUUAUGAAGAAUGUACAAGGACAUCUCAAGAAAUACAAAUGAAAAGGACAGCAAUUGAAGCAUUUAAUGAAACAAUCAAAAUAUUCGAGGAACAGUGUCAAACACAGGAAAGGUACAGCAAGGAGUACAUUGAAAAAUUCAGGCGAGAAGGAAAUGAAAAAGAGAUCCAAAGGAUUAUGGUAAAUUAUGAUAAGCUGAAGUCUCGCAUCAGUGAAAUUGUCGACAGCAAACGGAGGUUAGAAGAAGAUUUGAAGAAACAAGCCGCUGACUACAGGGAGAUUGACAAACGGAUGAACAGCAUCAAACCUGACCUCAUUCAACUAAGAAAAACGAGAGACCAGUACCUCACGUGGUUGACGCAAAAGGGAGUUCGACAAAAGAAGAUUAACGAGUGGCUGGGCAUUAAGAACGAGAACGCUGAAGACCAAUACUCUAUGGUGGAGGAUGAUGAAGAUCUACCUCAUCACGAUGAUCGGUCUUGGAACGUGGGGAGUCUUAACCGGACUCGGGCGGAGAGCCUUCUAAGAGGAAAACUGGAUGGGACGUUCUUGAUCCGGGAGAGCAGCAAGCCAGGCUGUUACGCGUGUUCAGUCGUGGUGGAUGGCGAUGUGAAACAUUGUGUCAUAAAUAAAACUCCCACCGGAUAUGGAUUUGCGGAGCCAUACAACUUGUACAACUCCCUUCGAGAACUGGUGCUUCAUUAUCAGCAUACGUCACUCGUACAGCACAAUGACUCCCUUAAUGUCACACUAGCUUAUCCAGUAUAUGGCAAUCAGAGAAGAUGAGAGAUGAAGACUUGGCUUUUGACUGCUGGACUUGGUCAUUGGAAAUGGCUUCUACUCUGCCCUGAUUCAGUUUGAUUCCUGUUCAGGCGAUGGUGUGCAAACUUGACUUGAGCUUUCCAGAGACGAGAGAAGCAACCGCGUUAGAGCUCUGAAUAUAAACUCGUAGCGUGCUUGUUUUUGUAGGGAAGCACAUAUUAAUUGAGCACUGCUAUUAACUGUCUCCUCCUUCGGGAUGUUGGGGCAGGUUUUUAUUGGUGCUUGUUUACAUUCUUCGAAAGGAUUUACCAGUUGGAAUGUUGGAUCCUGCAAAUCCAUGGAAAUUUAAAAAAAAAACUGAAGGAAGAACAUCAAUGUUCAUUAAAAAAACAAGAACCCAGUGAAAUGUUUCUCUUUGAUCCAGAUCGUGGAAAUGAAUCAAAAAUGGAACGGCUCAUUAGAGAAAUGAGUGAGGACUUCAUAUGUAGCAAGCUGGCACCUUGGAAAAUUUGUACCAGGUUUAUCAUGAGAAAGGGAAAGUUUUUUUGUUCAGACGUGAGGGGGUUGCUCGGAUGGGACACUGUCAAAAGUGCUGGAUUUCUAGACUUGAGGCCAUGCAAGCCUGUUUUAUAGACUGUUUAAAAAAAAAAACUGAAGGAAAAGACUUCUACAAAAGUGGCACACAGUAUAAUGUAUAUAAUAUGUAUAUGCAUCAUCCCCACUCUGGGAUAGUUGGAUCAAGUAAAAAUGCUAUCAGCCUAAUCAUAGCAGCUUUUACAUUGUUUCCUAUUUUACAGCUCUUUUUCAGAUAUGGAAUAUGCAGGCCUGCAUAGCAAUAUCACAUUUUCAACAAAAAAAAGAGUACCCAUGAUAUAAGCUUUGUUUUGUUGCCUAAAAGUGUUGUCAGUUUUCACAUUGUUGUGUUGGGUGUUUCCAAAACACAAAGGGUGCCUGUGAAUUCAGCGUUGAAAAUUUGAGGGGAGGAGAGGGUGGAGAAUCUGAUGGAUUCUAUGUAAAUCACUGGCUCAACAGCAUUCUGACGAUUUUAAGACAAAAUUUAUGAAUCGAACUUCAAAACCUAUUUCAGAAAUUUUGUGUAUAGCGGUGGUUUUUCACUGGUUUAACUGUGUUUAAACCACGUUGUUUUCGCCUAACAAGCGGCCAUAUUUUAUAUAUCCAGAAAACACUAAACUUUCUUUUUCCACAACAAAAGCAUCAAGGCCCUAACCUAAUGUUAACAAAUUUCUUGCUCCGAUUUGAAACCUGGAACUCUUAGUGUCACCACAGUUUUCCAUCCCUACACUCUAUAAGCUUUUUUUUAAAAUCAAGCUUAAUAUACUCCUUGUUUUCUGACUUGCUUCACCUUUAUCUUCAAUUAAACCAUGGUCCUGCAGUUGUGGGCCUUGGCACUUUUAACUUAUUACCUCAGUUGUUUUUAAAACAAAAUUAGCCAUCUAAUGGGCAUAAUUGUAACCGUGUACCUGAACCCAUAGUGGUCGUGUUAGUGGGAAAACAACAUGUUUGAUAUCAAAUCACUUUAUCUUGCUCGGUGCAUUGCUAUAAUUCAGCUUCUUGUUUCACACAACACAAAAGCAGAAGCGUUUUGGAACUUCAACAGUGUAAUGGUGCACCUUUUGAGACUCCAGGGAAGACACAGUACCCUUGUAGCGCAUUUAACUUUUCAGCUGUAUAGUGUAGUCCUCUAGCAUAACUAGCCUUCCGAACUAAAUUGUCUGUGCAACAGAUCUACAGAUUUUUUAAUUUCACAUCUAAGGACUUUUUUUCAUAAUUUCACCCCCCCAUUUUAAAGUAAACCUUCUCGAAGAACGCUGGAUCAUACAGCUACAGAAUAAUUGAGUCAUUAUAACCUUGCAAUUAGUCACUAGAGACUUGUGAACCAUUUUUGUAUUCGACAUUAACGGAGGCCGCCAUGAUAGAGAAGGGGUCGGGAGAAUAAAUUGGAAACAUUUCUUGCAGCUGAACUUUCUCCAAGCUAAGUGAUCUAUUGCACAGUUUUAAGAUUUAGAUUAUUUCUGCACAUUACAUAGCCAAGCAUUGAUGACUAUGCAACUUGAGUUGUCGCAGAACAUAAUGUUCAAACCUGCUAAAAGACAAUCGAGUAAAGUUUAAUAUUAAUUUAAUUCCACAAGUAAACCAAUGUUUCCAAAACAUUUUUCUACAAAUAAAAACUUGGUAGCAGAGGGCUUGCUUAUUUCGCAAUCCAAUGUGCAAGUCACCUUAAGAUGCAACGUGCUGGAGUAACUCAGCGGGUCAAGCGGCAACCCUGUAGAACUUGGGUAGGUGACUUUUUGGGUUGAGCCCCUUCAGACCUUUCUUCAAGUCAUCUUCAUUAGCUUGUGAGGAAAAGUUGGCAUUGUCUACUUCUCCCUGAUGUGUGAUGAAGAUACUAAACCUAAACUAUUAGACUACAAAGGUGUGCUAGGCUGUGGCAUUAUUCACCUUAUGACCCUUUUGAGGGCACCACUCGCUCUCUUGCAAAUUUUGAAUAUUCUCCAACCUGAGAAUACUUGUGCUUUUGGUAGUGUGAAACAACCUGGUCCCGUGUCUGCAACAAAGUAAUUAUGGUUCCAUGGGCAUGCUUUAAGCUCUUCCAAAGGUACCACGUGCGAUGAGCUUUACAAAACUUAAAUCAAACUGUUAAGUGUUUGGGUGUUGAACUGGUUGUGCGCACAGAAUUUUCUUUCUGUAUUGGAAAUUCAUUUCGUUUUCUGUGUCUCUACGGUGUACGUUCUUUGUAUUUUUGCUGUAGCUGUGUUUUUUGAAGAAGCUUUGCUCCUUUUUAAAUGUGUGUAAUGCUUUGUUUUAAUGGUACUACUGCUGAUGAGCUUUUUUUUUAAAGAAAAAAAAAUUUGCAUUGUGUGCCAUUUUGUUUGGUGUUGCAUUUCUGUGAAACUUCCUUGGUUGUGGAACUUUGUGUUUUCACAUGGUGAUGCAUAUCUUAACAAAACUGAUCUGAAAGGAUAUUAAUCUUGUAAUUAUUCAUGAGCCAUUUUAUUUCUUGAAGUAAUAAAUGUAGUUGCAGAA